GUUUCACCCGUUAUUCUAAAACGGUCUAUGCAGUCAUUUAGAGUGUAAGCAAAGGUUAAAAUAGCCUGCUAGCUAACGUAAACUAUGGAAGUAAUGGCGCGCUCACUGACAUCCAGUUCUUCGUCCAGAUUACAACAUUCUUCUGUUGAAGAGGAGGAGAAGGAUGACACGGCCUACCUUGCUGCAUUGACAGCUCAAAGAAAUGCCAACGCUUUCUUUGAGAAGUACGAAAAGGGCGAAGUUCAGGAGUUGCUGAGCCUGACCUCUUGUAACUGGUUUCUGGGUGGUGAUGACUUCACUCAGCCAGUUGAAAUGCCGCCGGGCAUAAUCAAACAAAUGAGGAACUUCACCGAAUCAAACUGCAUCAUUCUCGCACCUGUGGAUGCGCGAGUCCCUCUUGAUUACAAGGUGGUCCAUCAAAUAGUCCGAGAGCUCACAGUUGGCAUCUAUUGUUUCAACCAAGUGCCAUUUAUAAGUCUUGAGCCAAACUUUGACCAGAGCACCUCAUGCCAACUGUCUCCAGCAUAUUACGAUACGAAAGUAGGACAAAUGUUGGUUAAUAUUGACUACACUAUCAAGGCUCUUUGGCAUGGAGCCAACAUUCCCAGAGAAAAUCGCAUUCGCUUCUCUGAACUCUGGAGAAGCAGCAUGGGUGUCGACUCAAAUGGAGUACCGCAGACGAAGAAAGAUGUGUUUGCAGAGUUUCUCACAGCAGGUCUUCAGGACAUCUCAGAGGAGCCCUGUUACCAGGGCAUAUACAACAUGGAAGUCAAUGUGGAUCCUACCUAUGACCCCAACAGUGCAGAGGAGGAGAGGCUUUUUUCCCAACACCAGGAGAGCAUCCUGCUUAAGCUGACAUCCUACCUAUCCUCUGCCCGACAGCACAGCAACCUGUUUGUGUUCGAGUGCGCCCACAGUCUGGCCAGUGUGGUGAGGCUGACUGAGGAGAGGCUGGAGCUGGCCACCUACCAGAGGCUGCAGCAGAGGCUGGGUCUACAGGCAGGCCUGGUUAGGAGCUGCUUGGAGAGGAAGGCAGAGGUGUGCAGAGACCUGGCUUACCUGCGCCUCCUCACCUUCCUGGUGCCCUUCCUGGUAGGGCUAAAGAAGAGGAUGAAGAUCCCAGACCUGGCGCAGAUGCUGCCGGCUUACUCAGAUGAUAAACUGAAGACAGAGAGGGAAUUACCACCAUUGCUCCUUGGACCUGCGUUCGCCUGUAAACAUUUUCCGUACAAGUCAGAUGAGUAUUUUCACCUUCACGGUGGGAUUGAAGUUGACAUCGGAACCCCUCAGCUAGAGGAAGUCUCUGAGGAAACAAAGGAGGCCUUUGCUGCACUGCAGAGUCUUGCAGUGGAUCACCUAAGAGACCUGCUAAGUCAGGACACCACCUACAAAGAGCACUUCCCCGUACCAGUCCACAAGGCCAACGGCAAUAACUAUCAUGUGAUCUCCAUUGAGGUGGGCUCAUUCUACCCUCAGCCUAACGUGGUUCCAUGGUGGGAGACCCUCAACACUGCCAUCAAAACCCUGAGAGGGAAGAGACUGCCACUCUCUGACGUCCAGCUGCAUGAGCAGUUCAAGAAGACAUUUGGCUACAAAAAGGCCAUCAAUUGCAAGAGUGUGCCAUUCGGCAUGCGUGCUGCGGCAGAGCGCGGCCUAUCCGCUGUGUUCUACUCGCUGUGCCGCCGGAACUCUCCAUCUCACCUGGGAGUCCUGGACGAGCAGGGCUACUCCCUGCUGCACCACGCCGCCAAACACAACCACACAUACAUCAUCUGCCAGCUGGCCACCACCGGGGUCAACCUCAACCAGACAAGCAGCGGCAGGUUCAGCCGCACAGGGCUUUCAGACACGGCUUUCCACUGUUUGUUUGUACCUGUUCCAGGCUCCACUCCCAUGCACCUGGCUGCUCAGUGUGGUUCCCUGGAGGCCAUCAGCUGUCUGCUGGCUCUGCAGGCCGACCACCGGCUAGUGGACCGCAGGGGCUGGAUGGCUGUGCACUUUGCUGCCUACUACGGCCAGGUGGCCUGCAUACAGGCCCUUUGCAGGAAAGACCCAGAGCUGGUGGAGAUGCAAACCACUGCCGAGUACCGCAGCUGCCCGUUGCUCCUGACGGCCACGUCGGGCUCCGUGGAGGCCCUGGACUACAUGCUGUCCGCAGGAGCCGACUGGCGGAGGAGGGACAGCAAGGGCAACGACGUCGUGCAGCUGGCCGCCCUCUACUUCCACCCCAAAGUCCUCAGGCACCUCAUCUCGCUGGGCCUGCCGGACCUGCCUGUCUGGAAGAUCCUUGUGGAGAUGCUGCACAGCGAGGACCACCGCAGGCUGGAGAUGGCCAUCCGCUGCCUGGAAGCUUUGUGUAUCACGGCCAAGUCCUUCUGGAGGGAUAUCAUGGAUGCAGGAGGGAUCCCGGCCCUGUUGGAGCUAAUGCGCAGCACGAGACCAGCGCUGCAACGUAUGGCUGCCGCCGUGGUGUGUCACAUCUCGGAGAGGACGCCCGUGUGUGAGGCCCUGGUGCGCUAUGGUGCCGUGCCGGUGCUGGUCAAUCUGCUGGGCAGCCAGCAGGCCGAGCUCCACUCCCGCUGUGCCCUCAUACUGGCAGACCUGGCAGGGCACAGUGACCAGUACCAGUCCCUCAUAGCCCAGCAGGGUGGAGUGGCCCCGUUGGUGAGGCUCCUGGGCUCGGACCUACAUGAUGUGCUGGUGAACACUGUGCGGUGCAUCAAGGCGCUGUGUGUCCGUAGCCCUGGCAACCAGACGGCCGUGGCCCUGGCUGGGGGGAUUCCACAACUUGUGGAGCUCUUGACUGUCAGAUCAGAAGUGUUGCAAGAGGAGGCGUGCGCGGCUCUGGCUGAGCUGGCUAAGGGACACCGGGAGAACCAGGACACCAUCUGUGAAGCGGGCGCCGUGGCCCCGUUGGUGCUCAUACUGCGGGGGAGGAAGAUAGCCGCGCAGGUGACGGCGGCCAGAGCCCUUGAGGCCAUCGCCGAUCACAACCCUGCCAUACAGGCCCGCUUUCUGAAGAAGUCGGCCGCCAAGCACCUCCUACGACUCUUAAAGGUGUUCCAGGUGGAGGCGAGGGAGCAGGGGGCCGUCUCUCUAUGGGCCUUGGCAGGACACACUCUGAAGCAACAGAGACUCAUGGCAGAGCACAUCGGCUACCACUUCAUUCUCGAGCUCAUCCUCUCCUCCUCCGACAGGAUGCAAUACGUCGGCUGCCAGGCAGUUAUAGCACUGAGCAGGGACAGUCGGAGCCACCAGGACGGGCUGUGUAAAGAAAAUGGGGUGCCCCCACUGGUUCGUCUACUACGGGGGUCCCGGACCACAGAGAGUACCCUCCUCAGCGUUAUACAAUCCCUGGGCAUUCUGUGUAUUGGAGGGGCACACACCAAUAACCCAAACAGCCAGAGGGUCAUAGCUGAGGAGCAAGCCAUUCCAACUCUGUUAGAACUUGUGAAGCACCAAGAAUCACUGCAGGUCAAGGUCCAAGUGGCUCAAACGCUGGCCUGUGUGCUGCUGGGAAACCAGGACCUGCAAACAACCUUCUGGGAAAAAGAGGAGUUUACCUAUGAAACAGUUCUAGAGUUGCUACGAGUGCCAGAUCAGGACAUCUGCCUGGAAGCUGGUUACGCCCUGUCUCUGUUUGCCUACAACAACACCACCCAGCAGGCAGCCAUCCUGCAGAAUGGUGGCAUUCCCAUAGCCAUGUACGAGCCCUUCUUGAACUCCAAGAACGAGAUGGAGAGGGCCAAAGCUGCUUUUCAGAUAGUUGUGCUGGCCAAAGUGAUCACGGACACAGACCAGGUGACUCUGUCUGCCAGAGGGGUGACUGUCCUUGUAGACCUUCUGCAGUCCACUAAUCCCAACACUGUGGUCCUGACAGCUCAGUUGCUAGCCAGUCUGGCUCACACCCGGGCAGGUAUUCCUGAUGCUAUUGUCACCAUGGGAGCUGUUGGUCACCUAUGUGCUCACCUGUAUUCUGAGGAGGAAGAGGUGCGAACGGCAUCUUCAAGUGCCCUCGGCUACCUCACCUUUAACCGUCACGCACAUCGCCUCUUGUUGGUGGAAUGUCGAAACACUCCAUCUAUGUACGACCUUUUGACCCAGCAUCUCAUCGAGGACGCCAAGAUCUCACACAUUUUUACUGCGGAGUUUGAAAGGCAGAAAAUAGUGGGGCUGCCAUCACUAAGUUUGGAGAUAAAUGGUGGCCCACCUGUUCCUCAGCGCAACAAAAAAGGUUUGACCAAAAAGACAAGCCGCACUCCUGGCCUGUCAGUGUCUGCAGGCCACUUUGGGAGGACCAGCUCGGCUCCAGUUCUCCAGCUUCAACCCCAGAGGAGCAGGACAGCCAACCCCAAGGUUAGGCUGCAGGGAGAGGGGCCAACCCAUAGCUCUCAGCCCACCCUGGAGUCACUGAGGCUGGAUAAGGACAGCCAGCGGCCCCAGCAAAGGCAGUGACCCUGGAGGUCAGCCUAGGAUCUAACCUGACUGGGCUAGCUUAAAGUAGUAGUUAAUUUAUGACUCAGGGAGCCAUUCUAUUUAUGUUCAAGAUGAAUAUAUUACAUUUAUAUUAUUAAUGGAAAUGACUGACUUAAUGGUAUAAUAUAUUGGAAGUCGAUUGAAUAAAAAAACGAAA